UGGUUAAUAAUCAGUUCCGGCUGGCUGCUUCAGUGUAGACACCUGCGAAGAUAAAUUUUCAGCACAUUUCUGGUGCUGUUAUGAUAUACUAAAGGUGCAAACAGUAAACAAGCCGUGUGAAAAUUUCAUCCAGACUGGGCAUCAAAAACUGACAUUCGCUACCAGUUGUUAGACGCAGGAAUGGGUAAGAAACGCCGAUUGCCAGUUGUAGAAGUCGGCGAAGGACCCUCGAGUUCACGACAGAGAGGGGAGGAGCUGCAAGCCGCCCAUACUAGUGAUGCUGGGUCACAACCCACAGGAAAGGAGAGGGACCAUCCAUUGACAAUUGUGCAAGUUGGCCAAGGUUCAUCACGCUCACGAGACAUCAUGCAGGAGGAGUUAAGGGCCGCCUAUGAUGCUGAGCACGCAAGAUGGGAGGAAGGAGAUGAUUAUGAUGAUGAUGAGACACAGCCGCCUUCUGCAGGCGAUUUGGUCCAAGAAACCGCACCAUCCAAUGAUGGGCGUGCAGAAGAUUCAGUUCGGGAAUCCCCAAUAUCUAAUAAUAUAAAUAAAAAACGUGGAAUAACGCUAAUGCAGCGUAUAUGGGCUCUUCCACCGAACAAGAAACUUGUAUGUGGGUUAAAUGGGAGCAAGCAACCGGUUGGGGAAAGCGGGCAAACAUUCAAAAGGUGGUUGGGCACCUUAUGCAUCUGCCGCAACUAUUGCCCACUUAUGCCUGCUACUUGGACGCAUGUCGACCGUAAAUGCAAAGAAAACGCUUGGGUAGAGAUAGAGAAAAAAUGGAUCAUUGACCCAGAGAUUAUUAGCCCAGCUAAUCAAAUGAACUGGGCAAUGCACUUGUUAGGAGAGUUGAGAAGAAACCAAAGAAGUAAGUUAAAAAAAAAAUGCUACCCAAAAGAUGCGUUAAAAGAAGAUGUUUAUCAAAGUAAACCAUCUUGGGCUGACGAGCAGGACUACCGCGCACUAGUUGACUAUUGGUUUGAUACUAAAACGAAGGUUGCGCUAUUUUCUUGCUCUAUUUUCUUGCUCUAUACCGAGUACAGUGUUUUAACUGAUUUGUUUGUUUUAAUUUGUUGGCGGGAAUGUGUAAAGGACUUAGUGGAAACGAACAAGAGAAGUCGUUCGUUUCAGACGGAUAUAGCGAGGACAGGGCCUAUAAGUUUUGCACAAACUGCUGACAAUAUGGCAAAAGAAAACGGCCAAGCAGUGGAGCGUGCAGAUGUUUUCAUAAAAGCAUACUGCACGAAAGAUGGGACUCCUAUUAGUAAUGUAGUGCGAGACAAGAUUGAUAAAAUGAAAGACAUUUUAAACAACGGGGGCAAGCUAGUAGGAGACCAUCGCGAUGGAAUUCUCUGGGCAAAAGAUGAUGCGUUCGCUCAAGUGAUGGGCAAAGAACGUUCUGGACGUGUCCGUGGGGUCGGGUUUGGACCAACCCCAUCAGGAAGAAGUGGGUCCAACCUUCCAUGUGUGCCUGGGCCGUCGUCCACUGAAACGGUCCAACGAAUGACUGCAUUGGAAAAUUCGAUGAGGGACCAACUUGCUGACGCAGAGCAAAGGCAUCAGCAGCAACUAGCCGAAGCACUGGCCGAAGCAAAGCGGGAGUCAGAUGCACGGCAUGAGCAGCAACUAGCCGAAGCACUGGCCGAAGCAAAGCGGGAGUCAGAUGCACGGCAUGAGCAGCAAAUGGCCGAAGCAAUGCGCGAAUCAGAAACACGGCAUCAGCAGCAGCUGGACGAAACAAAGCGGGAAAUGGCCGAUACAAAGCAGAGAAUGGAUGAAAUAGUAGCCUUCUUCCAAAAGAACAUGCCCAGUUUAAGUGGAUAUUCAGGAUAUAGCGCAACAUCAUAGUAUAAUAUCUUCGUGGACUCGUCAUGGACUCUUCAUGUAUAAUUUCUAGUAUAUUCGGAAUAUUGUAACUUCGUGGAUAUUGAAAAUAUUGUAAACAUAAUUGUAAUAUUGUUUGGACUAUUUGUGGACUCUUCAUGUAUAGUUGUUUGGAUAUUUAUUUAGAGAAAAUUAAUGCUUGAGAAAAUUCUUACUU